CGGAGUCUGGCGAGGGCCGCUUAGAAGCCCGGCCCUCGUCCUCUUAGUGUCCCGCCGGGGGUGCGAGCGACUCGGGCUCCGCGCGCUGCUGCAGGCCACCGGGCUGACAGAGCCAAGCGGAGCCGUUACUCAGCACGUCCCCGGCGUUCGAACGGCGGCGGUUGGGGGGGGGCUGACGGGGCCGCAGCCCCCAGGGGGAGCCGGACGCGGCUACGCUACAGGACCAACGUGAGACGGAGGCAGAAUAGAAGAUGAAUAAUCUUUCCUUUAGUGAACUGUGUUGCCUGUUCUGUUGUCCACCAUGCCCAGGGAAAAUUGCUUCCAAACUGGCAUUUUUACCUCCAGAUCCUACUUACACACUGAUGUGUGAUGAGAGUGGUAGUCGCUGGACUCUACAUCUUUCAGAACGAGCAGACUGGCAGUACUCCUCUAGAGAAAAAGAUGCCAUUGAGUGUUUCAUGACUAGAACCAGCAAAGGUAACAGGAUUGCCUGUAUGUUUGUGCGUUGCUCGCCUAACGCCAAAUAUACUUUGCUCUUCUCACAUGGAAAUGCUGUUGACCUAGGUCAGAUGAGCAGUUUUUACAUAGGACUGGGUUCACGGAUUAACUGCAACAUAUUCUCAUAUGAUUAUUCUGGAUAUGGCGCAAGUUCUGGGAAACCAACAGAGAAGAACCUGUAUGCUGACAUUGAUGCUGCUUGGGUGGCUCUUAGGACAAGGUACGGAAUCCGCCCUGAAAAUGUGAUUAUAUAUGGCCAAAGUAUAGGAACGGUACCCUCUGUGGAUCUCGCUGCUCGGUAUGAGAGUGCUGCUGUAAUUCUUCAUUCUCCUUUGACCUCGGGAAUGCGAGUAGCCUUUCCUGAUACGAAGAAGACCUACUGCUUUGAUGCAUUCCCAAACAUUGACAAAAUUUCUAAAAUAACAUCGCCAGUGUUAAUAAUCCAUGGGACUGAAGAUGAAGUAAUUGACUUUUCGCAUGGCUUAGCAUUAUUUGAGCGUUGCCAGAGACCUGUAGAGCCACUGUGGGUAGAAGGAGCCGGCCAUAAUGAUGUGGAACUUUAUGGACAGUACCUUGAACGAUUAAAACAGUUUGUAUCACAGGAACUGGUGAAUUUGUAAAGUACUUUAUAUAUUUACAUGCUUUUUCAUUUCACUGCAGAACUGCACACUUCGAUAAAUACUAACAUAAAACCUGAAGGUUUUGUUUUCAAAUCAUGUCAGUUGCCUUCAUAAAUGUACAGGUAAUGAUUUGUGAACAUAAUUAAUGAAGGUUUUAAUACCAGUAUUAUAAACUGGAAUAACAUGAUCAUGCAGUUCAGCUUCUGUAGUUCGUAUACUAUGUGUGAGUUUUCUUUUUAGAUGUACAAAAUAUCACAAGGAGUACUGUAUGAAAUUUUAAUUAUGUAAAAUCAGAUGCUGUAAAAGUGUUGCCAAAUGCUUUAGCAUAUCAGAAACAAAUUUAUAAAUAUUUUUUAAACAUCUCAAAAUGUACUGUGACUUAUUCUGUUGCACAGGUGUACACUAAAAAUCAGACUUCUAAACAGCUGUACUUGUAAAAAUACCAAUAGCCAUGAGAUUUAAGCAAAUAUGUAAUGAAAACAUAGACACUCACUGGAAUUGGCCCAGGCCCUGUUUUAUAGGGAGCGGGUCAAAACAAGUUGUGGGUUUU